AUGACUACUGUCUUCCUAUCUAGUGGCUGUGAUGCAACAUCGAAGCUUUAUAAGGCAGGCUACUGGCUGUCCUCUCCAAUACCUCACUCAGCUGGUAUUGAGUACACCUUCCGUCACCCAAACAAGCAUCCAAGGGAGAAAAUGAACAUAUUACUCCUCAUGAGCUUAUCUCUUCUCUACCUCAAAGAGGUUUUGGUUCUCCAGUGUAAUGUCUGCAUAUACUCAAACGGAUGGAAGUGUAUGGCAGGCAAAGGCAUUUGCAUUGCAAAAGACAAUGAGUCAUGUUCAACCAUAUAUUACUACAGGGGAGAAAAACCUCUGUAUUCACAGCAUAUGUGUAAGCGUAAGUGCCAGGAAGAGACGUCCACUAAAGCAGAUCUGAUGAGGGCGACGCUGUGCUGUAACAAACAUUUAUGUAACAUCUUCUAG